CUCCACUGCCCAAUCUCUCCCAAUCUCUUUCUCUCUUCAGUUCCUUCAGGUAAUUCCUCCUCAAACUUGUACCAACUUGUUUUUGACUGACAGUGAGCAGUGAGAGAGUCCUCUUCCUCUGGAGAAACCCUCAGCACCCACCUUCCCCAGGGCAACCUGCGUCCACUGAGCCUUCCCUUGGCUGCCACAAUUCCACGUCUGUCCAGGAGCCUGCGCCCUCCGUCUCUGCAGGCAGGAGCAGAGUCCCAUGGUAGCCAGGUGGGUGAAGGGGACCGAGGACGUGUCACCUGCCCUGAAGAAGACUCCCUGUGACCUGCCAAGUGAGUGACCAGUGGUCUCAAGAGCUGGGCGAUGGAUGCCAUUCACAUCAGUAUGUCCGGUGCCCCCCUGGUGAAGCACACUGCUGGGGCGGGACUCAAGGCCAGCAGACCCCGGGUCAUGUCCAAGAGCGGACACAGCAACGUGAGGAUCGACAAGGUGGACGGCAUCUACCUGCUGUACCUGCAGGACCUGUGGACCACUGUCAUCGACAUGAAGUGGAGGUACAAGCUCACCCUGUUUGCUGCCACUUUUGUGAUGACCUGGUUCCUUUUCGGAGUGGUCUACUACGCCAUCGCGUUCCUUCACGGGGACCUAGAGUCCAGGGAGUCCGUCUCCAACCACACCCCCUGCAUCAUGAAGGUGGACUCGCUCACGGGGGCCUUCCUCUUUUCCCUCGAGUCCCAGACCACCAUCGGCUACGGAGUCCGCUCCAUCACGGAGGAAUGCCCGCACGCCAUUUUCCUGUUGGUGGCUCAACUGGUCAUCACCACCUUGAUCGAGAUCUUCAUCACGGGCACCUUCCUGGCCAAGAUCGCCAGACCCAAAAAGCGGGCCGAGACCAUCAAGUUCAGCCACUGCGCGGUCAUCACCAAGCAGAACGGGAAGCUGUGCCUGGUGAUCCAGGUGGCCAACAUGAGGAAGAGCCUGCUCAUCCAGUGCCAGCUCUCGGGCAAGCUCCUCCAGACCCACGUCACCAAGGAGGGGGAGCGGAUCCUCCUCAACCAAGCCACCGUCAAAUUCCACGUGGACUCCUCCUCCGAGAGCCCCUUCCUCAUUUUGCCCAUGACCUUCUACCACGUGCUGGAUGAGAGCAGCCCCCUGAGGGACCUGACACCCCAAAACCUAAAGGAGAAGGAAUUCGAGCUGGUGGUGCUCCUCAACGCCACCGUGGAGUCCACCAGCGCCGUCUGCCAGAGCAGAACGUCUUACAUCCCGGAGGAGAUCCACUGGGGUUUCGAGUUUGUGCCUGUGGUUUCUCUCUCCAAAAACGGAAAGUACGUGGCCGACUUCAGUCAGUUCGAGCAGAUCCGGAAGAGCCCAGACUGCACCUUCUACUGUGCGGACGCCGAGAAGCAGAAGCUGGAGGAGAAGUACAGGCAGGAGGAUCAGAGGGACCGCGAGCUCAGGAGCCUUCUGUUACAGCAGAGCAACGUGUGACCUGGGGUGGCGCCUGGGCUCCCCUCCAGAGCCGGCCCCACAUCCGGGCUCCCUUCAAACACAUGUUUGCUGUGAAAAGGAAAACGUGUGACACACGCCACACACAGUGUGGACAU